AUGGUUGAGCAGUCGGAUCGCGCUCCGCUGCUGGACUGGGAGGAGAUCCCCCCGGCCGAACUUGCUCCAUCGGUUCCAUCACCGGACACUGGCGAUUCAUUACAGUCCGGGCUAUCAAGUUACCCAACUGAGGCCACAUUAGGGGCAGAUAUCACCUUGAACACGAGCCCGACGAGACCGAGCAGUGUAGCAGCUGUUCAUUCUCCUCAUAAACAGCACAGCGGCCCGGGAGGAGAUGCUCUAGCUGAGGAGGAUGAGCCGGGAGACUGCGCCUUCCACGGGCUCUCGGUCAGGGACCGCAGGAUUACUGGAUGGGAAGAGAAAGAUCAAAUCGUUGCUGUGUUUGUGGUCACUUUCGACACAAGAUCGGGGAACAUGAUAGAAUGGUGCCUACCUCAUGAUGUCAACCUGGAAGGAGUAGAGUUCAAGUCUAUGGCCAGCGGCUCCCAUCGGAUCUCAAGUGACUUCAUAUAUUUCCGCAAAGGCUGUUACUUUGGACUAGCGUGCUUUGCUAACAUGCCUGUGGAGAGUGAGCUGGAACGUGGAGCGAGGAUGAAAUCUGUCGGGAUCUUGUCUCCUUCAUACACAUUGUUAUACCGUUAUAUGCACUUCUUAGAAAACCAAGUCCGGCACCAGUUGCAGUGUCCAGGCCAAUACUCUCCACUGGAGGCUUUUUAUGAGGAUAAAAAGGCAGUGUUGCCUUCGGGAGGAAAUGGUUUGGUCACAGCUUGCCCAACCAGUGCUCUUGCACCCAUAGUCAACCGCUGCAUGCAUCCAGAGAUGAAGAUCACACACCCGGCUGGCUGCAUGUCCCAGUUCAUCCGCUUCUUUGGAGAGCAGAUUAUGGUUCUUUGGAAGUUUGCUUUGCUCAGGAAACGCAUCCUCAUUUUCUCUCCUCCUCCCGUCGGUGUGGUCUGCUAUCGGGUUUAUUGUUGCUGCUGCCUUGCUAAUGUGUCCAUUCCUGGGAUGGGUGUGUCUGUUCCGGAGUUUCGCCCCUUCUUCUACAUCAAUGUUGCUGACAUCCCUGCUCUUGAGACUGAACUGUCUUAUGUGGCCUGUACCACAGAGAAGAUCUUUGAGGAAAAGAAGGAGCUGUAUGAUGUGUACAUUGACAAUCAGAACGUGAAGACGCACAGAGAGAGUCUCCAGCCUCUGCUUCGACUCAACAGUGCAGACAGAGAGAAGUAUCGCAAGCUCUGUGAGCAAAGGCAGUUGCUGCUGUACUCUCAGGAGGUGGAUGGAGAUUGCACAUCCAAUGAGGAAGACCUCUUCAUUCUGUUCUUCAUGGAGCAGAACAACCGAAUCUUCCAGACCCUGUCUGAGGUGGCGGUGAGUGCCGAUCCAACCCUGACUGCUGAGCACGUGCGAGCCAUGGGGCUGGAUCCUCAAGGCGAUCGCGGCUUCCUUGUGGACCUGCUGGAAAUCUACGGCAUCGACGUCAUGCUGGUUAUCGACAACCCCUGCUGCCCGUAA